AUGGAAAAUACGCGUCUGGAUGCGGAACUUGGCCAUGGACGGUCCUAUGAUUCUACGGAUUACGAACGACAAGGGCUUUCAGACGAAGACAACGACAAGUUGGCCACUGAUGGUGCACAUAAAGACUCCCAUGUACGAAGUCUCGUCAAGGGGAUUACCUAUCGGACGUUAUCUACCCUUGCAACAGUCAUGAUUACCUAUGUUGUUCUUGGUGAUGCGAGCGUGGCGUUUGAAAUUGGCUUUGUGGACUUUUUCGUCAAAUUGAUGAUCUACUAUAUGCACGAACGUGCCUGGUCCUUCGUGACCUGGUUGUAA